AUCCCUCUCUUUUAUCCAACUUCAUACUCCUACCUCACAAUUAAAUGGGGAAUAUCUUGUGCAUCUAUUUGUUUUUGCAUUACUGUUUCAUGGCUACCUUAGAUGUGACAGCCAAAAAUUUAACAACCGAUCAAUCUGCUCUUCUUCAAUUCAAAUCACAUAUCACUUCCGAUCCCUACAGUGUACUGGCAUAUAACUGGUCCAUUUCUAAUCCAAUCUGUAACUGGAUUGGUAUUUCCUGUGGUGGCCACCAUGAAAGAGUCACAGUCUUGAACCUUUCAUCCAUGGAUCUCGGUGGCACCAUCUCUCCACACCUGGGCAAUCUCUCAUUCCUGGUGAAACUUGAUCUUAGUUACAACAAUUUCCAUGGCCAUCUGCCGAAUGAACUGGGACAAUUACGCCGACUGAGAGUCUUUUCUAUCGGUAACAAUACAAUAAGUGGAGGUAUUCUGGGAUUCAUUGGUCUCUUAUCCAAACUCCAAAUCCUGAAACUUGAAUUUAAUGAUUUCUCAGGUACCAUCCCUGAUGCUCUCUACAAUGUAACUACGCUAGAGGCCUUGUGGUCACACGACAAUAAAAUCCAAGGAAGCAUUUCACCAGAGAUUGCGAAGCUCACUAGGUUGAAAAUUUUCUAUAUGGCAAAUAACUUACUCUCGGGCUCCAUACCUUGGGGCAGCAUCUACAACUGUUCCUUGCUACAAGUGUUUCGUUUAGGCUACAAUUCUUUGUCUGGCAGUCUGCCGGAUGGUCUCUGUAAUCGUCUUCCAAAACUUGAAUGGCUAACUCUAACUGCAAAUGGACUUUCUGGCCAGCUUCCAAGAAGUUUAGGCAACUGCAGCGAGGCUGUUGUUUAUUCAUUUUCGAAGAAUAAAUUUACAGGACUCAUACCACAAAAUAUUGGAAAUUUGAGUAAGCUUACGUGGUUGUUUCUUCAGAGUAACAACUUAGAAGGUGACAUUCCACAAAGGAUUGGCAAGUUGAAGAAUCUACAGGUUUUAGAUCUUGCUGACAAUAAUUUAGCAGGUGAAAUUCCAGAAGAGAUAGGCAAUUUGCAAAAUCUUCAACAUCUAUUUCUGGGUCUCAAUAGCUUAAGUGGUGUGAUUCCAGCUUCAAUCUUCAAUAUUUCAACCAUAAUUGGGAUUGAUCUAUCUGGGAAUAACCUUUCAGGCUAUCUACCAUCAACCAUUGGCCAUGGGGUUCCCAACUUGAAGAGUCUUUACUUAGGGGCAAAUGAACUUACUGGAACAAUCCCCACCUCCAUCACCAAUGCUUCCAAGCUCGUUAAGCUAGAUCUGCUCAUCAACUCAUUUUCUGGGCUUGUUCCAAAUACAUUAGGCAACUUGAAAUUCAUCGAAUGGCUUAGUCUUGGGUUCAACAACUUCACCACUGAAUCACCAAAAGCAGAAUGGAGCUUUCUGUCUUCUUUGACAAAUUGCAGGAAACUAAAGGCUCUAAUCUUGGCUUAUAAUCCACUGUAUGGCGUCAUACCACUUUCAAUCGGCAAUUUAUCUGCAACUCUAGAAAUUUUUGUUGCAAGUAAUUGCAAGAUCAGGGGCAGCAUUCCUACAGAGGUGGGUAAGUUGCAUACCUUGAUGAGGUUAGAUCUUUCGGAAAAUGACUUGAACGGAUUUAUUCCAACAACGAUGGGAAAUUUGCUGAAUCUCCAAGGUCUGUGGCUAAAUAAAAAUAAUUUUUUGGGAUUCAUUCCUCAUGAGCUUUGCAAAUUACACAAGAUAGAUAAAUUGGUGUUAAAUGAUAAUAUGCUCUCUGGACCAAUACCAACAUGCAUGGCGAAUUUGACUUCUCUGAGAGAUCUGCAGUUAGGCUCCAACAAAUUUAACUCUAGCAUACCCCUAUCCUUAUGGACUCUUCAGUAUAUCUUGCAGGUAAACUUGUCAUCGAAUUCAUUGAGUGGUUUUUUAUCUCCAGGAAUACAGAGUUUGAAGGUCUUGAGGGAACUAGAUUUGUCGAAAAAUCUCCUGUCAGGAAACAUUCCCACCACCCUUGGGGGCCUUCAAUCUCUUGAAACUCUAUCUUUGGAAGACAAUAGAUUUGAAGGAGCCAUACCCAACACAUUUGGGGCAUUGAUAAACUUGGUAUCCUUGGAUCUCUCUAACAAUAUUCUUUCAGGUGAAAUUCCCAAAUCAUUGGAGGCUCUCACCUAUCUCAAAAACUUUAAUGUCUCUAUAAAUAAUUUACAGGGGGAAAUUCCUAGCAAAGGUCCUUUCAAAAACCUUUCUGCUCAAUCAUUCUUGUUAAAUCACGCAUUGUGUGGUUUGCCAAGGCAAGGGGUUCCUCGUUGCAAUGUUGACACCAUCAAAAGAUCAAAAACACUGGUAAUGAAAUACAUUUUGCCUUCAGUUCUCCCAGUUUUAGUGACAGUGAUUGUAACCUUUCUCUUCAUCAAGUGUUAUUAUAGAAGAAAACAUUCUCCAGUUGACCAAGUUGAUUCAUUACCUUUAGCAACAUGGAGAAGAACAUCAUAUCUAGAAAUUCAACAAGCCACUAACGAUUUUAGUGAGUGCAACUUGCUUGGUAUUGGUAGCUUCGGUUUAGUAUUCAAAGGGACACUUUCAGAUGGAACUACAGUUGCAAUAAAGGUUUUUAAUUUGCAAGAAGAGAGUGUACUUGGAAGCUUUGAUUCUGAAUGUGAAGUAUUGCGCAACAUUCGUCAUCGAAAUCUUAUAAAAGUCUUGAGCAGCUGCUGUAACAUCGAUUUUAAGGCUUUGAUACUCGAAUUCAUGCCCAAUGGUAGUCUUGAGAAGUGGUUGUAUUCUCAGAACUAUUUUCUGGAUAUGCUACAAAGGUUGAACAUAAUGAUAGAUGUUGCAUCGGCUCUUGAAUAUCUCCAUCAUGAUUAUUCAACACCAGUCAUCCAUUGUGAUUUGAAGCCUCAGAAUAUCUUAUUAGAUGAAGAUAUGACUGCCCAUGUGAGUGAUUUUGGCAUUGCCAGGCUCUUAGAAGAAGGAGAUUCAAAGACACGAACCCUUACACUAGCGACUAUAGGGUAUAUGGCACCAGAGUAUGGAUCAAUGGGGAUUGUGUCCACGAGAGGAGAUGUCUACAGUUUUGGGAUUUUGUUGAUAGAAACUUUCACGAGAAAGAAGCCCACAGAUGAGAUGUUUGUUGGAGAAAUGAGCUUAAAGAACUUGGUGGAGGCAUCAUUGCCUGAUGCAGUAACUAAAGUUGUGGAUGGUAAUCUGUUAAUAGAUGAGAAUGGUUUUGCUGCCAAGGUGAAUUGCAUGUUAAGCAUCAUGAAUUUGGCUUUGAAUUGUUCCAUGGAAUCACCUGAACAGAGGAUCAAUAUGAAAGAUGCCUUGGCAAAACUCAAGAAGAUCAGAUUGCAGUUUCAGCAAGAUGUAGGAGGUCCCUAAAUAAAUGGUGUUGUGAUGUAUAUUAUUUAUGCUCUUAGUUUGUUCUUUUAUGAGUUUUCUAGUUGAUGA